AUGAGUCUCCGCGGUUCAUAUCGUGCCGAGGCUGCCGAUACUUCUAUGAUCCGAUUUGAAGCUUCACAACUGCCGCCAACACUCUCCGGUGCAGUGCGGACUCCUUUGAUUGCAGCAGCUGCUGAACUUGGAGAUACACGACCGCAGUCGACACUUAGCAGAGCAGUACCAAGGCAAGCGGAGAGAGACAUCGACCGGUUAGAUCGAGCUCUCGACCGCAUGGAGAACAGGAAUGACACAAGUACGUUGAAGAAGACAAAGCCUCCGCCACCACCGCGGAAGCCGUGCUGCUCCAAGGACGGCCUACCACCAUCGUCCGUAGUGUCGUUACCGCCACCGAUGCCGCUGUCGGAGAGCGGGCCGCUCGUUUUCUCACGAGCUCCCACCAUCACUGAUGUCUAG